CAAGCCGUGAAUUAGCUGCCAGAAACUCACCCCACAGAUAUCUGAGUCGUGCAGGAAGAAAGGAGAAGUAAAUCACUCUGUUCUCUCCUGAGGUAGCUACAGUGCUCUGGAAUGUUUGUGAGGGACAACCCUCCAGAUAAUGGGUUUGAUAAUCUACCAGACUAAUCUAGGCGGGGCCUGCACAGAGACACCUUCGAUCUUCUGAUUUCACAGGUUGCCCUCUUGCUUUUUUCAGGGAAGGAGUAACUUUACUUCUCUGUCACCAGCAAAGAAUAUAAGCUGUUGGUCAGGCAAGUGGCAUCUUUGCAUGACUAACAUGAAUUUUUUUCUGGCUGUUACCCUUUGCCUUUUGACUGCUUUGGAUCCUGUGAACUGCCAACGAGUUAACAGGAAUCUUCAGCCAUGGCUACAAGGUGUCAUUGCCGUUACAGUGUUUUUGGUUUUGGCAGUGAUUGCCUUUAUCAUCAACAGAUUAUGGUGCCAGGAUAAAGACAAUUCCAAAGAAGAAGUAAAACAAGUGUCCUUCAAAGCGGGGGAGACUGAAGAGUCCAUCAUUUCUAAUAGCAUGGAAGGAAGAUACUCAGCAACUGCAGCGGACUUCAGGUGUGAAGAAGGCCCUCAUGUCUAUGAAAACAAAGUGGAGUUUGAGUGUGACACCAUGACUAAAUGCCACGUUGAAAAUCAUGUAGAAGUUCUUACCACAAAUAUGUAACAUUAUUUUGGAGUGUUAUUUAUUCUUACAUUUUAAAACCUCCCUAUAAUAUAGAUUCCACAUCAUAAAUAUACAAUUUAAUCAAUCUAUUCAAAGGCCAAUGGCCAACUAUGUUUGGGAGGCAGUAUUAAUCCAUUUUUGCUUUGGAUUUAUUUUUCUGUUACGUACAAGUUCUGAGGUGAGCUGCACAUGUGUCUGACAGGUAGACUUAAUUGGCAUGUAGUAUUCUCUCAUAUGUUUUUCACCAAAGUCUCACUAACAGACUUCAUUCCAUUUUACUUCCUUUGUUGCAUGUCUUUGCACCUUAGAACCUUUGCCAAGCUUAUUGCUAUAGAUGGUCUACAAGCUCACCUUCAGCUCUUCUAUAGCUCACUGUGAUGUUCCAGCUGAUGUUACCUGGGAAUUUCUUGGCUGAAAAUUCUUCUUCAUGGUAAAAGAUUUCAUAUUUUCUUCAGACAACUUGUAGAAGUACAUGAAUAGUGUUAUUAGCAAAGGUGAAGGCUGGGCAGUAGUCUUCUACCAAUUGCUUCCAUUUUAUUUUUCAUUAUUGUUACAGAGUCACCAUAGAAGGAUACCUUUUUCGAUGAGGCUGGUAUGAUUUCUGUAUAAAAUUUUUGCACGUGAAUUUUCAGUUUUCCUUUCCAUAUCUGCAUAAAACAAACGAAAGGACUCAUUAUAUACCUUGUUGCUUGUUACUUUUUAAAUAAAUGUUUAUACUUUUUAGAAACUGCUAGCCCUAAUUAAUAUAGGAACAAUGAUCAGAAGGUAUAAUUUGCCAACAUAAAAAUGGAUCACUAUGUAUAGUUUUAAAACAUUCAGAAUAAAAGCGUUUAUUCU